AUGCUCGCACCUGCGCCUGCAGCAGCCGUGCGCGGCGCGGGUGCACCGCUGCGCCUUGCAGCUGGCGCUUCAGCGGCGGGCAAGGUACCCAUCAGGUCCCACCGGACCGCCGGCACGGCUCUGGGGGUCGCGGCGCUGCCGCUUGCCGCGGCGGCAAGCCGCGCCCGGCGGCGGAAGCAGCGGCACGCGGCACGCGCGGCGGAAGCGGUGAAGGAGAGCCCCAAGGAGGAGACCCCCUGGUUGGAGGUGCUGGGCGCGGUGCUCGGGGCGCUGCUGGACGUGGUGAAGGGCCCGCCCCUGGAGGUCACCGACCAAGCGGCGCCGGGGCUCAAGGAGAUGGGCAAGCCCGCGCUGGAAGCGCUGGGUGCCUGUAAGGUGCAGGACAUUCGCAGUGGUGAAGAGGUCGAUGCAGCCAAGCUUCUCUCGCCGGGCAGGAAAGGCGUCUUCUUCCUGACCCACUGGGGCGACUUCAAUUCCUGGGAGGUCGCGCAGCAGCUGAAGUCAGCCCUCCAGGCGGGGCGGGUGGACAAAAGCAGCGUGAGCCUCGUGGGCAUCGGGUCCCAGGGUGCAGCGCAGAAGUUUGCAGAGAUGCUGCAGCUGCCCGAGGAUCUGAAGAUCUACACGGAUGAGAGGGCCUCCUGUCACUCUACGCUCUGCUUCAGCCGCGGCGCGCUGCCGCAGUACGCAGAGCAGCUGAAUCCUUACCUACGAGUCUUCCUGAUGCUCUUGGGGGUGGGGUCGCCGGGCACCAUUCGCACUGUUCUGGGCGGAUACAUUGGGGACUCCAAGCAGCCUCGCACGGCCACGCGCUGGAUCGACGAGAGCUUGCGGCAGGGGGCACAGCAGGGCCGAUUUCCCACAAAGGUACCUGACAUGCUGGGCGACUGGAAGAUGUUGGACCUGGCGGAGGUUGGCAGCGGUGUGUGGGACGAGGGCUUCGGCAAGGAGGGCCUCAGGCCCUUUGAGCUGGCCACCAUCCGGCUGCAGAAUAUGUGCGGAGGCAUCAUCGCGCACUGGAGCGAGCUGGCGCCGGAGGAUGAUGAGCUCUUGGUGCAGCAAGGAGGCUGUGUUGUGGCGCAGGACGGCGAUGUCAGCUACUACUACCGAGACAAGGGUAUCCUUACCUACGUUCCGAUGGACGACGCCAUUACCGCGUUGCAGCAAGUCAUCAAGCCUGCCAUUUCCGCAAAUUGCCCUAUAGCACUCCACAUGGCACACGCCUUCAGCGCCUUCAGUCGCUUUCGCCGCGCGGCCAUGAGCUGCGCCUGGGAGUCGGAGCUGGUGCCGUGCAAGCGCUGCGUGCACUGCCGCUUCCGCGCGGAGCGCAACAAGGACACCUGCUGCGGCAAGUGCAGCCCCGACAAUGCUUGCGAACUGGAAGGCCAUGAGGCCCACUGCUCGCGACUCACGGAGCAGGCCUUGAGGAGCUCCUACUGGGAGAAGGUUCGCUGCGACUCUGCUGCGGAGCAGGAGGCGGACUGCUUGGUGGUGCCGAACCGCGCGGGGGAGGGACCCAGGCCUGUGAUCCUCUUCCUGACCGGCAACGGUCACGUGGACGACCGCCAGGACUUCUUUGGGGGCGGCAUCGACCAGCUGAUGCGGAACAACGAGCUGAAGAGCUACAUCUUGCUGGCGCCCAAGCCAUUGUCCAAAACUGGCGUGCUGCGCUACAACGACCAAUGGCGCUGGAACUGGUGCGAGGACGGCCUUUGGGCGAUGCUCACAGAGAUCUUAAGGCGCUUGGGCCCCAGCAAGGUGGAUCCGAGCCAGCUCUAUGCUACUGGCCUGUCCUUGGGAGCUGCUGGCGUGUGGCAUUUGGCGCUCAAGUAUGGCCAAUACCUGGCCGGGGUGGCGCCCAUUUCCGGGGUCUGCCAGUGGCCCUACGAGAGCUGGCCAAGGAGGAGCGGCCCGAAGCGUGAGGUCCUAGAACGCCUCAGCGAGCUGCCAAUGCGCGCAUAUCAGAUUGAUGUGGACCGAUACUCCGGGACACCCACGCAUGACAUCGAGUGGCUUUGCUACGGCCUGCAGGAGGUGAAGGAGGAGCUCAACCUACGCGGCAUGGAGCUCGACCGGCGCGUGGACGUGGCAGUCCGGCGCUGGUGCAGGGAAGGCGGCAAGCCUUGGGAGCUUUGGGAGGCCAAGGGCCCCUUGAAGGACUGGGCCUACUACGACCAGUGGGGCGGGGACAAGCACUGCCUGUGGAACCGCGUGUAUCCGUGGCCCGAGUGGGGCCUGGCUUCGUUCUUCGCAGCCCAUCGACUGCCACAGGAGAAGUGUUGGGACAUUGCGGUGGCCAGCCCACUGUCCGAUGUCCUCGCACAGCAAAAGAAGGAUGAGGAAGCCUACUACCUGCAGAAGGCGGAGGAAGAGGCCAAAGCUAUGGACGUCGACGCGCCCAUGGAAGCCACGGUGGGAAAGAUGAGCGCAGGAGACAUGGAGGUAAUGCAGGAGCAGAAGAGGCUGCGACAAGACGACACGGAGAUGCACGCCGUGCCCGCUUAG